UUCUCGCGAGGCCUUGAUCGGAUUAAGGUGGAGGAGGAAGCGACCGUGUUUGUUUUGUUUGGGGUUUGUUUUGAGCAGGUUACGAAAUGGCGACUGCGUCUAGAAUCGUAUUCUUUUUGGGACUCUUUGGGACUUUGGUGGCAGCGUCCUCGGACGUGUUCGAUAGCGUUUUGGGAAGUACGGCAUCUUGCCAUAGGUCUUGUGAAAUGACCUAUACUUUACACACUUAUCCGCGGGAAGAGGAACUCUACGCUUGUCAGCGAGGCUGCCGUUUGUUCUCUAUUUGCCAAUUUGUUCGUGACAGUAAAGACUUGAAUCGGACCUUAGCCGACUGUCAGUCAACCUGUCACGAAGCUUACACGCAGGUGAUCGAGCAGUAUGCAUGCAACCUGGGCUGCAACAACCAGCUUCCUUUUGCCCAGCAGCGCCAUGAACAGCUUGAAGCGAUGGAGCCGAGGAUUCACCUGCUCUACCCGCUGAUGGUUGUGCAACGCUUUUGGGAGGACAUGAUGAAUCAGGCGCACGGCUUCAUCACUAAUACGUGGACCUUUUAUCUCCAGGCUGACGACGGCAAAGUUGUCAUUUUCCAGUUUGAAUCUGAGAAAGAAGAUGACGCAGAGGACGUACAGACGUUCUCUGAUGUGAAUAGCCCGGUUUACAAAGACUACCAGCGGACGCUCAUCCAAGAGAGGGAUCGUGACAUGAGUGCCGACCGCAGCUACUACAGUUACAACUUUUUCAGCUGCCUCUCAAGGAACCCUUGGCUGCCAGGCUGGAUUCUCACCACCACCCUGGUACUGUCUGUGCUGGUCCUUGUCUGGAUCUGCUGUGCCACCGUGGCCACCGCUGUGGACCAGUACGUGCCGGCUGAGAAAUUGAGCAUCUACGGCGACAGGGAUUUCUUCUCGACGCAGAAGCUGGUUCCGUACCCGGCAUCCUCCCUGCUCGUCAUCACCUCCAAAGGGCAAGAAGAUGGCGAGGAGGCGGGGCCUCUACUUCCAAAAGUGAACCUCGGCCAGUCUGACGUCUAAAAAAAACUAAAUGAGUGUGGUGAUGUAAAAACUUUUAAUUCCACUUGUGGUCGCAUUAAGAAACUUUGUCAAAUGUUUCUAAAGUUGAUUCCUUACGCCCCUUUCGGUGCUUUUCAAACGGGUUUGUAUGAUGGUUCUGCAAUGCCAAUACAAAUCCCCUUCUAUAUAUUAUGCAUUUGGUGGCUGUGCUUAUUUUAUUAAAAGCUGUGACUUCUUUUGAGUUGAUUUCAUCCAGGCACUCAAUGUUUCGACAAAAUGGCAAAUGAAAUGCGAUAAGCUAAAUUCGCUCACCUGGCUGGUUCCUGUUGUCCCACUGCCAUAAACUGUACUUGACAGAUCUUAACAAUAAAAUAAUUUGCUCUUUUUGAACCCAA